AUGUAUGGCAAAAGAGGUGUUUAUGCAAACCACCGCGCCGUGGAAUGCGACAUAUGUGAACGUUGGCAACAUCUACGCUGUGGUACCGGUAUAUCCAUUGCCCAGUAUGAUGCUGCGAACGUGGAUGGGACCGAGUUAGAGUUCACGUGCAUCACGUGUAAGGAUGAAACUCGACCAGAAGAGACUAUGGAAGUCCAGGUCCAGACGUUUGUGACUGACUUUGAGGCCGGAAUCUGGCAGGGACUUAGAAGCGUGUUCAACGAUACCGACAUUCGGGGAUGUGCCUUCCACUUCGGCCAGGCCCUAUGGAGAAAGGCCCAAGAGUGUGGACUGCAGACUGCCUACAGUACGAGGGACGCCGUGUAUCGGCUAAUGCGUAAGGUCUUCGCGCUACCUCUACUGCCAGCGGGCGACAUCCCAGCAGCCUUCAGAAAGAUCGAGGAAAAGAUGGACGCCAACGACGAAAGAAUGGUCUCCUUUCUUCAGUAUGUCAGCAGCACGUGGAUACAGAAUGAGAUGUGGCCAAUCGCUUCGUGGUCCGUCUUCGGCCACUCUAUCCGUACCAACAACGAUGUCGAGGGUUGGCACGCGAGGCUCAAUCGACGGGCAAAAAAGGGAAACUUGCCUUUCUACCUGCUUGUUGAACUCCUGUACAAAGAGGCACAGGAAAUUCCAAUCAUGUGCAAGUUGGUGAAGGAAAGGAAACUGUGCCGCUACCAACGAAAGGCUACAACAUUGACACAAGGCCGGCUCAUGAAGCUUUGGGCGGAAUAUUCUGCUAAUGAGUUGACAACAAGCAGUCUGCUCAAAGCAUGUGGGAGACUGUAUGGGCCUGUUUAA